AUGAAGGGCACAAGGCUUUUGUCGAAGGUUGCUCGUCGCAUCAAGUGCCGAGCGACAAAAUCGACUGGCCCUGGAGGAUGGAUGUCCAUUCAAGUUCAGCACCGUCGCCACUGGCUCUCGUCGGCUUCAUCCCGUGACUUUGAUCCCUACGAUCGCUACAGAAGCAAGACAAUGACGGAAGAUAUCUGGGAAGAAAUCCAAAAGGAAAAUGAACAUACCCGAAGGUCGAUCGACAAGGGGCUCUAUAACAGAGUCUUGGAAGAGAUUCUGCACGCAAUGCAACAUUUGCAAAAUGCGGCAUCAGCGGACGAGCCUGGUCCCACUGGAAAGUUUCUUUACAGUUUUCAUGACAAUCCACAAUUGGGACAGCGAAUCUACAAGAGAAGACCCGUCUCAUCAUCAUCAGUAGAGCCAUCCAGCAAUCACACUACAGUUAUGGAAUUCUCUCCAGAUCGAUCUCUGGUCGCCAUGUCUCUGAGUGCAGACGAAUCCUUAGUGGCGUGCCUAGUUGAAGACGAGACCCAAUCAGAUACUACGUUUAGUAGACCAAAAAGAGUGAUUGUGAGGCAUAUUGAUUCUGGAACUGAGCUAGACGUAGACGUUUCAACAAAACCAAAGUCAACAACAGCAGAAGCACACUUGGAUAUAUCUUCUUUGGAAAUGGGACCUCUUCAACCAAACGACACACAAUAUUCCCUUUUCCUGGUGACCAACGACAACCUGGGAAGACCACAUGCAGUUUGGGCAUGUGGAAUUGAAGUGCAUGACAAAGAGCAGGCAGGAUUGCUCAGCCAAUGCUCCCAGCUCAAGCUCUUGCACUGCAGCUCUGACCCAGCGGAAAUGGUCAACGUUCAAAGAACCAAGGGAUGUCACUACAUGGCUAUACAAGCCACCACCAAAACUUGCAAUGAAGUAUAUCUUUGUCAGGACUUGGCCAGCACUCCUCGGUUGGUUUGUGAAAGAUCCAAUGGGAUCAUGUACCACUUGGAUGUCGGGGCUAAUGAUGACAUUUACAUCUUGGUCAGCUCGGUUGGUAACACUACCAAUUCUGAACUGGGCCUGGAGUAUUCGUUGUGGAAAACAACAGUAGAUGAUCUCCCACUGCAGCUCGGCCAUGGACAAUGUGGUACGCUUGUUGCAGGUGGAUCCGAUAGCGAGUACGCCAUAACAGACAUGGAUAUCUUUGCAAACUUCACGGCACUUUACGAGAGAUCCACAACGAAUGGGAAGCAGCGAAUCAGCAUUCUACCAAAAGCAGCUGACAGCAGCGAACCAUCUCUUGGCCCGAGUGAUAAUAUUAUUGUUCCAAUUGCCAGUUGUCAUGAUGGGGACGAUUGCAUUCAGGUUUCGCCUGGUGGUAAUAUGCACUUUGAAGCGAAUCACGUUCGAUUCUCUUCUGAAAGCCCUUCAUCGCCUCCGUCUGUCUACGAGUUCGACAUCCUCACAAAGGAACUCAGGCUUGUCUCUGGGGAUGCGAAUGCCCCUGCAAACAGAGUACAGCAAAAGAGAGUGCAUGUCACUAGCAAGGACGGCACAAAAGUUCCCCUUAGUCUGAUUUAUCGAGAGAAGAACGCGACAACUAGUACGCAGCAGGAGACCAGGCCAACCGUGCUCAUUGGAUACGGUUCUUAUGGAGAACCGCUUGAUCUUUCCUACAAUCCAGCUCUUGUACCGUUGCUGAAACGUGGUUUUGUACUUGCAUACGCACAUGUACGCGGUGGUGGUUGCCUAGGCAGAGACUGGUAUAUGAAAGGGCGUCUGUACAACAAACACAAGGCCAUUGAAGAUUAUAUAGCAUGUGCCCAGGCCUUGUCUAGUCCACCUCUUUCAAUGACUGAAGCACGAAAGCUCUCAGCAUUGGGGUUCAGUGCAGCUGGGGUGACAAUUGGUGCCGCAGUCAAUCAAACUCCAGACGUUUUUGGGACUGUUGUCCUAAUAAGUUGCUUCCUGGACGUUAAGAAAACGAUGGAGAACGACCAGCUCUUUCUCACCGAGCACGAGUAUGAUGAGUUCGGAAAUCCCACAGCUGACCCAGAAGCAGCCGAAGCGAUUUCAUCAUACUGCCCCGUUUCCAAUGCACUGAAUGGCAAAGAGGAGCAUACUGCUCGCUUCUUGAUCGCUGGCACAUUUGACGAUCAUCAAGUUCCUUUUUACAACUCUCUCAUCUAUGGGAAAAAGUUGCGUGCGAAGAGCAGAGUGAAGAGCCGGGUUCACAUUCACAUUGAACAUCACGGAGGACACUAUCUCCAGCCGCAAAUUGCAGCGCUGCAGGCUGCAUUUCUAUUGGGGAACAAGGCUUCGUACUAUGGAAUACUGGUCGAAGAGGAAUAG